GACUAUGCGAGGUGCAGUAGUAUCCUCCCUGUCUCUACCUACCUGCAGAGAUCAGCUGAACAAAUAGUGAAGUGAAACACUGGCGUGAAUUUUUAUCGGAUUGUGUACAAAGAAGAAUACACUCGUCCUGAAGCAGACCUCUCAUUGCUUCUCACCUUCACGAACAUUUCCUUCGAGUCAAUAUCUAUAAAUAUCUUAAGAAAAGACGAUUUUACAAUAAAUCAUUCAUUUGAAAUUAAUUUCAUUUGUAUUCUGAAGACACCUCGCCACCAAGUCAAGAAGAAAUGAAGAAGUGCAGAAUUUCUAACGCGGUUAUUUCUACCCUCAUAUUGGUGAUAUUUUUUGCAAUGUGUUUAGCUACUUAUGACGUGAGUAGAGGCUCGAAGCAAUACACGCCUAACCUGUUCACUUCUGUCUACCACCCGGGCAAGAGAAAUUACUCCUUACUAUCCCAAAUAACACAUAACGUGAAAAAUGGAAACCUUGUCUAUGAAGCUGAAUUAAAUUUACUGAAGCUCAUAGGCGUUGAAAACUAUCCAAGAGUAGCUGAAGCGGAAGCGAAGGCUCAUGCACUUGCAGCCUCGGGUUCGGCUGCCGCUAACACAGUACUUGGAUUUUUGAUGCGUCACAAUUUGACCAGUUCAAAAUCCAGUGAUGUGAACGUGAAAGACCUGGCGGAGAAAGAAUUUUUUCGUGAAAUGUCAGAUAUUGAUUAUUUUAUUGAGGCCGCUGGCGGAGGAGAUCCCCUGGCCCAGCUUAUCGUUGCUGAACACUACAAGUCGCUGCAUCGAUGCCCCGAUGCUCUCGAUUUAUAUAGGAAAUCCGCCGUGCAGGCGCUCACAACAAUCGACGAAUCCAAAAUUGCAAUGGCUUCAUAUGGACCUUAUGUCGAGCCAUCCGACGGUCCCAGUAUCCAUUGGCCCACUGACGAGGAAAUCGAAUUUCUGGAAUACCAAGCCAGUCAUGGAGACGCUGAUUCAGCAAUGCAAGUUGCCGCCAUUUACAUCAGCGAAGAGCUUGGUCUUCCUUACGAUAUCGAGAAGGCUGAACGAUAUCUGAAAAUUGCAAUCAACGCUGAUUUAUCAACAGCAAUGAUUUUUAUGGCGCACCUGCACAUAGCAGGUAAAGUUGUAAAUUCUGAUCUUGGUUAUGCAAAAAUGCUGUUGGAAAAAGCUUUAGACUUAGGUGAUCCCACUGCGCACGCGGCCUAUGCUCGAUUUUUUUCGGAAGGUUUGGCAGGUGUGCCUCAAAAUCUGAAUGUGGCAAUCGAACAUCUACAAAAGGGUAUUGAAGCCGGUCACGUUGACUCUAUGUAUGGUAUGGGUCAACUACUAUCAACACACUUCGGAGGAGAACGGGAGGCUGAAGCUUUAGAAUAUUGGUCUAUCCCAGCUGCCAAUGGACACGUCUUUGCAUCUUGGUAUACGGCAGAAUACUUCACGAAACUGUCACGACCAAACGUACGGGUUAUUGGAGCAGGUACUACGGAAGUAAGUUUAUUGCUCUGUGAACUGGCACUUCCUUUAUACAAAACUGUUGCUCUGGCCGGGGAGUGGUCUAAUUUACUAUACGCGGCUCAUGAAGAUUUUGAAAAGAAACGUUACGACGCCGCUGCGAUCAAGUACAUGCUUCUCUCUGACUUAGGGUACAAUGUGGCACACGUCAACUUGGGGCGACUCUUGCAAAGUCAAAAAAUUUCCUUGUUCCCUUCAAAAGAGAUCCUCGCUAUCCAUGAAAGAAGAACUUGGGAACGUGCCGCGAACCAUUCCAUGCCUGUCGGGAACUUACAACUCGCUCAUCAUUUAUACUACGGAACUGGAGGACUCAAGCCAGGCAACAAGAGUCGGGCGGCCCAACACUACCACAAAGCAAUGCCCAGCAACACGGAAGCAGCGUUUAAUCUAGCCUACCUGUACGAGUGGGGAGAAGGCGUGCAACAAGAUAUUCAAAAAGCAUAUGAUUUAUAUACUAUAACUUCCAAUGCUUCGUAUGAAUCGUGGUUGCCAUCAAAAUUAGCUUUAGCCCGUCUGAAUUUAUUCUGGAUUGUAAAUUCUACAACAGGAUUUAAUUUCUACAAUUUAAAUUACAGUGAUUAUUCCAGUUAUUUGAUUGAUUUUGGUGAAAUUGUACAUAAUUGCGUUAGUGUCUUUGGUAGCAUAUUUUAUAGCUACGAGUUCUGGCUUUGUUGUUCAAUAGUGAUAUUAUUCAGUUUGCGGCGAUAAUUCAUCCUAAUAAUCGAUAGGUUGCCAAUUAAGUUAGCUGCAAUUUAUAUAUUCCACAUUGUUUUUCAUCUGCUUGCUCAUGUUUACCAUGACAAUGUUUUCACUUGUAAUUCAUUCAUCAAUCAACUUUUGAAAUAGAUACUAGUCAAUGUUAUUAUUAACUAUUUCUAUAUUCUAUA